CAAGCGAUGUUAGUCCGUCAAUUAGAAGAAGAAUUACGAAUGCGGAUGAGGGGACCGAGCAUAGAGCUGCAGCAGCAGAUGGAGGCAUUAUAUCAAGAAAACGAACAUUUAACUAGAGAAAUUACCAUUUUAAGAGACACUAUAAAGGAACUGGAGCUCCGGAUAGAAACACAAAAACAGACGCUGCAGGCUCGUGAUGAGAGUAUAAAAAAAUUGUUGGAGAUGCUUCAAAACAAAGGCAUGGGUAAAGAGGAAGAGAGACAGAUGUUCCAACAAAUGCAGGCUAUGGCUCAAAAGCAGCUCGACGAGUUCCGGGUGGAGAUCCAACGCAGGGACCAGGAGAUCCUCGCCAUGGGCGCCAAGAUGAAGACGCUCGAGGAGCAGCACCAGGACUACCAGCGGCACAUCGCCGUACUCAAAGAGUCACUCUGCGCGAAGGAGGAGCACUACAACAUGCUGCAGACCGACGUGGAGGAGCUGAAACAGCGCCUGGAGGAGAAGAACAGACACAUCGAGAAGAAGACGCAGCAGUUCCAGCAGGAGAGAGGACGAGCGGCAGCGGAGAUUGCCGAGAUGAGGGAGCAUAUGGACAUCAAGGAUAGAAAGAUUAAUGUUCUACAAAGAAAGGUUGAAAAUUUGGAAGACCUCCUCAAAGAAAAAGAUAAUCAAGUGGACAUGGCAAGAGCUAGACUCUCUGCCAUGCAAGCUCACCACUGCUCGUCCGAAGGAGCUCUUUCGUCUCUUGAAGAAGCUAUAGGCGACAAGGAAAAACAAAUGAGCCAACUGAGAGAACAACGGGAUCGUGCUGAACAGGAAAAACAGGAAGAGAGGGAGUUACACGAGAGAGAAAUCGCUGAGUACAAAAUGAAGAUUCAUGGCCUCAACAGCGAAGUUGAAAAACUCACUGCCAGGCUAGAAAGAGCACAAAACGACCGAGACCGUUUGGAAGCGAAACUGGAAAGUUCUCAAUCAGAGCUGGGCAAAUCCAAGGCCGAGCUUGAUAAAGCCGCAGUGGAAGUCGGAAGAAGUGGAGCGGACUGGGAGGCGGCGAGACAGCGGUUGGCGCGGUUGGAACUGGAAAAUGAACGUCUACGAGGGGAGAUGGAGAGAUCCCAGACCACUACAACUUUCGGGCGUAUUACGUACAGCAGCUCUCACGAACUUGACAGAAUGCAAGAACGAGCUGAUAAGAGCUCCUCCGAUCUCAGAAGAUGCCAAGCUGAGCUCAGAGUUACUCAAGCUGACAGCGAAAGAGCACGUCAAGAAGCAACUUCCCUUCAAGAGAAAUUAGAAAAGUCUCAGGGGGAAGUAUACCGCCUCAAGGCCCGACUAGAAAACUCUCACCAAGAACAAGACAGCCUUCGGGAGGAACUGGAGAGACACCAGUCCGCCACGGCCAAGCUGCAUUCGGACAAGGACCGGGCGUACGCGGAGCUGGAGAAGGCUCAAGAAGAACUGGAGCGUACGUCGGCGACCUUGGGAAAGGCUCAACAGCAACAAGACAAACUACAGAACGCUCUAGACAAAGCACAGACCGAGGUCGACAAGCUGCAAGAAAAGUUAGACAAGUCACUUGGCGAGACCAGAAGGAUACAAUUGGAGAAAGAAAAAGUGAUGUACGAUUUAGAGAACAUCCAGUCGCAAUUGGACAAGGUUCUCGGCCAAUCUGCUCGUCUUCAGAAAGAAAAAGAAUCGGUCCAAUCAGAAGCAGAUCGACUUAGGGACAAAGUCGAAAAAUCACAGAAUGCUAUAUCCAGAAUCCAAAAAGAGAGAGAUAGCUUCCAAGACGAAUGCGAAAAACUCAAAGAGAGAGUCGAAAUGCAGCUCAGCCAGAUUUCCAAAGUUCAGAGGGAAAGAGCAGACAUUGAAACCGAGCUGGACGUUCUCAAAGAUAGAUGGGAAAAAUCGCAUUCUUUGCAGCAGAAGCUUCAAAUCGAACGAGAUGAUGCCUUGUCGGAGGUUGAUAUUCUCAAGGAGAAGCUUGAAAAAGCAAUAUAUGCUUCUCAGAAGGCCAUCGAUGAUAGAGAAAAUAUUCACAUCGAUUUCGAGAAGUUGAUUGAGAAGUACGACAGAUCACAAAGUGAUGUCUAUAGGCUUCAGAAUAAACUGGACACUGUAAUAGCUGACAAGGAGAGAUUUGAACUGGAAGUAGAGAAGCAACAACUUCUGUCAACAAAACUCCGUGAAGAUCAACGAAAACUUCAAGACGAGUUGACGAGGAUCCAGGAAAUGUACGAUAGAGUUGCCAUGCAACUUGGAAGAUCCAAGGAGCUUGAAGAAAAAUCAAAAGAAGAAAUUGAACGCCUAGGCAUCGACAUGGAGAUGGUCCGAGACCGUUACGAAAAAGCUCAAAUAGAAAUUCGAAGAGUUCAAAGCGAAAAAGAAAAACUGCUUUCCGACAACGAAAGAUUGCAAUACGAAGUCGAGAGAACUCACGGCCAGCUCGCUAAAGUCCAAGCAAGCUACGAGAAGAGCCAAGAGGAAAGCGCCAGACUGCAAGUAGAGGUGGAGAAAGCUCGUGACAAGCACGAUAAGCUUCAGAACGAGUUCAGAAAGAUUGUUGCUGAGUAUGAUGCUUUGCGAGAGUCAACUCCCUCUUCUGGUAGGGAGAGGUAUUCCAAAUAUGACAGGGAUGAAAGGUCUAAAGACGAUAAUGAGAGAUUGCGGGCUGAGAUUGAUAGACUAAGAGAGCGCUUGGACAAAACUCUAGGAGAUUUAGAUCGUUCCAGAAAGGAACUAGCUCUAGUUGAAAGCACUCGUGGCAAAUACAUCAGUUUUGAGCAAGAAAAAGAAAAGAACGCUGAAAUCGAAAGACUCAGGAACGAUGUGCAAAAAACUCUAGGCGAUAAUCAACAGCUGGAGAGUAAAGUUCACGAAAUAACAAUCCAACUGGACUUGGCCAGACAAGAAGUGGCCAAAGUAUCUGGUAGUCAAGAAAAGCAACGCCACGAACUUGAACGAGCAGUUAUUGAGUGCGAGAAACUUCGAGACAGAUACGAAAAACUGAAGAUCCAUACAGAAAAACUGGAAAAAGACAAUGAAAGACUGAGAUCAGAAUUCGGCCAAGUGGAACGUAGGCAAACCAUGGCAGCUGAUAAAGUGAGAAACGAGGAACGGGUGGAAAUUGAACGUCUGAAAGAAAAACUGGAAAAGGCAAUCCAAGCUCGUGAUGCCACAGAGAUGGAAGCUGGAAGACUUGCUCAGGAGCUAGAGAAAUCGCAGCAGCACUUGGCUAAUGCUCUGCAGACUAACGAGGCUACCAAAAUUGAGUUCGAGAGGAUGGCCACUGAGUUGGCGAGAAUGCAUGAGAGGAUAGAAAGAGAUCAGCUGGACUGGAAGACCAUGGAACAGGAGAGGGAUGUGUUGCGGGCGGAGCUGCAACAAAUCAGAACCGGACUGGAAACCCAGCGUAGGAGUUUCGAUCAUAGGUCUCAGGAGACUGUUAUCAAGUUGCAGCAGGAAUUGGCCCAG